AUGUUCUCCCGCCUCUCCCAGCUAUCUCGCCAUCUCCCCUCGGCCUACACAAUCGCAAAGCCCGUCAAGCCUUUCGUUCCGGUAUCCGGUCUUGCCCGUAGAAUCAUGGUCUCAGCCGACGAGCGAAACACCCGCACCAUCCACACCGCGGCGUGUCUGAUCAUCGGCGAUGAAGUCCUUGGUGGAAAGAACUUGAAAAGAGUUGAAGUCAUUGAGGACGACGAGAGUGAGAUCGUCGAGGCUGUUCGGCGGAUGAGUGACCGCUACGACUUCGUCGUCACCAGGCACGACGACAUCACCUACCAGUCAAUAGCCAAGGCUUUCGACCUGCCUCUGGUCCUCAACCAGGGUGCCUUUGAGCGCAUGAAGAAGCUCUCUAAGCCGCACCCCAACCAGCCCGACUUUGACUGGAAUGUUGACUCCCCCGCCCUGCAGGCCAAGUUGCGCAUGGUCAUCCUGCCCACUGAUGAGAAGCGUGACGCCAGCAAGCAGUUUCUUUUCCCUCACGAGGACCUCUGGGUUCCCGUCAACGUUGUCAACGGCAACAUCCAUAUUCUGCCCGGAGUCCCACGGCUCUUUGAGAAGCUCCUGGACGGUCUGAAGCCCGGCAUCGUCCCCCGGCUUACGGAUCCGGAUGGCAAGGGUCUUUGCCGUGUGCUCAUCUCCACCCCGCUCCCGGAGAGCGCCGUCGCCGGUUACCUGACCCAGCUUGCCGCAAAGGUGGAGCCGAAGGGCGUCAAAGUCGGCAGCUAUCCUCGGUGGGAGCAGAACGGCACCGUAACCUUGGUCGGAAGGGACCAGGCUUACAUCGAGAGCAUCGUGGAUGAGGUUGUCGCGGGUGUCAACGGCAAGCGUGUGUAUGUGGAGGGCGAGGAUGAUUCAGCCGCCAAAGCAGGCAAGCCUCUCGAGUAA